AUGAGCUCGCACGAUCUCAAGGAACAGCCGAUGCUCGAGAAGCAGCCAUCCACCCAGGCUGUCGCUCCGGCUCCGGCUACCGUCGACGAGAAGGCGCCUCAGGUGACUGACGACGUCGUCUCCUCGUCCAACGACACCGACAUGGAGAAGGGCGCCGUCGACGAAGACGAGCACCCCGGCUUCCUUGGCCGCCAUCAGCGCUUCGUGCGCCCGGUUGUGUUGUUCGGGCUGGCCGCGUUGAUUCUCGGCUGGUGGAUCUCGUCCACAAUCCUGCCGGCGACCCGCCAUCGCUGGAUUGUCCAAACCGUAUGGGCAUGGUUCUUCCUCUUGAUCAUCGCAUUCCGCUAUCUGCCAAACUCGGUCGUAACCCGCCCCGUCGAAGCCAUAUGGAUCCCGCUCGUCCAGAAGCCCUUCCUCGCGCUCCCCCGAUAUGUCCGCCUCACUAUGGGAUGGCUCGCCCUCCUUGCGAUCGUUUUCGGUAGCGCGUUCGGUUUCAAGCUCGAAGGGAACACGACCUAUGGUGACCGUGCCAUCUCCGUACUUGGUCUUGCCGUCUUCCAGUUCUGCUUCUGGGCGUUGUCGACCAACCGCAGGGCCAUCGAGUGGCGUACCGUCCUCGUCGGUCUCUUCAUGCAGCAGGUUAUUGCCCUGUUCGUCCUCCGCACUUCGGCUGGUCUCUCGAUUUUCCAGUGGGCUGCGACUGCUGCCUCUGACUUCUUGAACUGCGCCCUUGCUGGAGUCGCGUUCUUCUUCAGCCAGGACAUCGUCAACGAGCACUGGUUCUUUGCCAACACGCUCGGCACGAUCAUCUUCUUCAUUGCAUUCGUCCAGAUGCUUUACUAUCUGGGCGUGAUGCAGUGGUUCUUGAAGAACUUCGCUUGGUUCUUCUUCAAGACCAUGAACGUCUCCGGUGCUGAGGCCGUCGUCGCCGCCGCAUCGCCGUUCAUCGGCCAGGGCGAGUCUGCUUGUCUCGUCGGCCCCUACGUUGACUUGAUGACUGCGUCGGAACUUCACCUGGUCAUGACCUCUGGUUUCUCGACCAUCGCUGGUUCCGUGCUGGGUGCAUACAUCAACCUCGGCAUCCCCGCCGUUAACCUCAUCACUGCGUCGAUGAUGUCCAUCCCCGCCUCAAUUGCCAUCUCCAAGAUGCGUUACCCCGAGGUGGAUGAGCCCGUCACCCGUGGUCGCGUCAUCGUUGACCGUGGUGACCUCGACUCCGUCGACCGCCCCGCCAACGCCCUCCACGCUUUCGCGAAGGGUGCCAUCUUCGGUGUCAAGGUCGCCGGCCAGAUUCUGUGCAACGUGCUUACAGUGCUCGCACUUGUCGCCUUCAUUAACGGCCUUCUGACCUGGAUCGGCCGUGGCUUCGGCAUCCACGCUCUCACCCUCCAGCUCAUCCUCCGCUACGUCUUCUACCCCGUGACGUUCUUCAUGGGUGUCCCGCGCGCCGAAAUCCUUCGCGUGUCCGAGAUUCUCGCCACGAAGCUUGUCGAGAAUGAGUUCGCGGCAUACACGAACCUCCACGCCAUCCAGACUGGCGAUGACCCGCUCACCGAGCGUGCGUUCACGAUCGCGUCGUACGCUGUCUGCGGUUUCGCCAACCUCGGUUCGCUCGGUAUCAACAUCGGUGUGCUCAGCGCUCUUGCACCCUCCCGCGCGAAGGUUAUCGCAUCCGUCGCAACAUCAGCCAUGGUCUGCGGUUUCAUCUCGACGAUGCAGGCUGCCGGUAUUGCCGGUAUGCUUGUAUAA